AUGUACAGUAGUUUCGAUGCUUUCAAGCCGCAUUUUAAUGCUUUGGCAAGAGUUGGAUAUUUUAAAAUGGUUUUUAAGUCGUCGUCUAAAUAUAAGCAAACCUUGAACAUGUAUUACCGUAGUGUUGUUUGGUUUCUUGUCAUUUUAUAUAAUUUGCAACAUGUAUUACGUGUAAUUCAGGUCCGGAAUAGCACCCAUGAAAUUGUGAACACCUUAUUCAUUCUUCUUACAACCUUAAACUCAUUGGGCAAGCAAGUCGCAUUCAAUGUCCGGACGGCGCGCAUCGACCGCGUCAUUCAAACAAUUAACGGGUCCCUUUUUGCCCCGGGUAACAAAUACCAAGAUGACGUCAUGAGGCACAACGCUACGUCCAUGCUACGACUGCUACGCAUGUACCAUUGUGCGAUAUUCCUCUGUGCGCUCAUGUGGACGAUAUUCCCCGUUGUCAACCGCGCUCUGGGUGAAGAUGUUCAGUUCACUGGAUAUUUCCCAUUCGACACCACUGACACGCUUGUGUUUGCAUUGACGCUAACUUACAUGUCCAUAUUAAUAACACUGCAAGCGUACGGCAACGUCACAAUUGAUUGUACUAUUGUUGCAUUUUAUGCUCAAGCUAAAACGCAAAUCAAAAUGUUAAGAUAUAAUUUAGAGCAUUUAGCAGAUACACAAAGAGAAAUUAACGAAGAUUACAAUGACAUAAUUAAAAACUACAAGGAUGUGGAAAGUAUAAGAUUUAAUACAUUAUUUCAAAAGAAAUUAGUAAGCUGUGUUAAACAUCAUCAACAGAUUUUAUGGUUUGUUAAAGAAGUACAGUCAAUAUUUGCGGAAGCGAUGGUCGUUCAAUUCUUCGUAAUGGCAUGGGUCAUCUGUAUGACUGUUUAUAAGAUAGUUGGGCUGAGUGUACUAUCAGCUGAGUUUUUCUCGAUGGCCAUGUAUUUGGGAUGUAUGCUCGCACAACUGUUUAUUUACUGCUUCUAUGGAACUCAACUUAAGUAUGAAAGUGAAGGUGUAAAUCAAUCAAUUUACGACAGUGAGUGGCUGUCGAUAACCCCGUGUGCGCGGCGUUACCUGCUCAUUCUGAUGGUCCGGUGCUCGCGCCCCCUUGCACCGAGCAUCGCUUACAUUAUCCCCAUGUCUAUCGAUACUUACAUCUCUAUUCUCAAAUCGUCAUAUACAUUAUUUACAUUCUUGGAUCGAAAAUAA